UCACUUGUAACCACAGCCACAAAGUCAUCAAUUCUGGCUAAACCCCGCCCAUUUCUACAAUUCACUUUCUUAAAAUCCCAUUUUAAACCUAACGUUAACCCUAGCCUGAACCACACUGCUAACCUUAUGCAAACCUUAAAUUUAAGACCAAAAAACAAAUGUUUGUUAUACAUUUUUAUGAUAGCCAUUUUGACAUUGUGGCUGUGAUAACUAGUAACAACCUGUUCGCUCGGGCUUUUUCCGGUAUCGGGCUCGAUUGUGUGCAUAGGCUCCAUUUGCUAGUGCCACUCGGGCGCAGCUCACUCGCUCGUUCGUUGACACGCAAAAACACUGUUGCCAAUUUAAUCGAUUUUACAACUUGAGGAUUUCUUCAGCCGCUCUCACGGAAAUAAACACCGUAUGCAGGGAUCGGACAGCGCAGGGCUGCAGUGCAGCAUUUGAAACGACCGUAUUCAAAUCACGCAAUCGGGAAGAGAUUUCCGUGGAUUUUAAAUUUUGGAGAAUGUUCAGUUGCUAGCUAGCUGGCUYCAGCUCGAAAGCACAAAUCCACAAGUAUACAUGGGCUAAUCAACAGUUUUGAUUUCCUUGCUAGCUAGCACACUAACGUUUUAUUAGGCACGGUGGUGGUUUAGUUACCCGGGUAUUGGAGAAUAACGUCGAGUUUCUAUUUUUAUAAUCAACGGUGCUGGCUAGCUAGCCCGAAAGCUUUAUUUAUAUAUAUAACGUUAUAUACGUCAACGAAGGUCAGGGUUCGAGCGUGGGUCUAACUUGGCCUGAAGUUGAAGUCCUCGGAUUUUAUUUUAACACUUCCAUAACGUUACCUGUGAGAUUUCCGCUAACGUUAGUUGUCAUUGAAUGAAAACCGAGCUAACUAGGUUAUUAGCUAGCUGGCUGUAGCCUUGACACUGCACUGAUAACUUUCGCUUAGAAUGUGUGCUUGCUCAAAUGUAGCCACUACUAGCCGAGGUUAAUGUGUAUUUUUUUUUGGACUUUGCAUUUAUUAAUGCUUACUGUAGCUAACUAGACAACUCAUAGCUAACGUUAAUGCUGGUGGCUAGCCAUCUGAGACAUAUUUGCUAGCUUGUGUUGCCGGCAGAAAUAGUAUUACCCAGUGAGUUCAAACGGUUGAACUCUGGACCCCCCUAUUUUCCACGCCUGUGUUGACAUGGGAAACAUACUUGUACGCUAGCUGUCUGGCUAGCUAAUUUAGCGGCUAAUGAAGGAAUCAACUUGUUGAUCACACAGCGUGUGUGUCUAACACAGCUAGCUAGUAGACGGUGGUUUUACCACUGCUAGCUAAAUGAAAACAAGAUCCUGAAACUAUUUUUUAUUCGUCUUCCCCUCUACACUUAUUUUCUACAACAUCCCUGAAAAUGUCGGCCAGGACGCCAUUGUUGGCCGUCAUUGAAAAUUCGUCAGGUGGCCAGGACACCAAGGYGGGGGGCCGUCCCAGCAUGCCGCGAUGUCGGAACUCGGUUGCCACGACGGCGGAGGAGACCCCUCACAUCGGUAACUAUCGGUUGCUGAAGACCAUUGGCAAGGGCAACUUCGCUAAAGUCAAACUGGCACGCCACGUCCUCACCGGGAAAGAGGUGGCUGUUAAGAUUAUUGAUAAACACAACUCAACUCUUCCAGUCUGCAGAAG